GGCUGAGCACAGAGGUACUGAGGUGCAGGUACAGUGGCUACUGGCUGGCAGCGACGAGCGUUUCCUUUGUGGUGCUGGCGUAGGCGUGACGCCAUGUUGUGAAAAGUGUCUGGCAGAAAAGUGAAAAAUUCGCACGGAAAACUGCACUCGAACGUCGCGAAAACAACAAGAACCACAGUAAAACCAAUUCAAAUUUAGAACUAGAGCCCUAGUGACAAAGCGAGAGUGAGGAGGCGAGCAAUGGCCAACCGAUUCGUAGGCCCCAGUGGCGCCGUGCUGGUGCUCCUGGCGCUGGUGCAGUGCAUCCAAGCGAUCCCACAGCGCACCGCCGCCUUCUCGCUGCAGGCGGCCGUGGACGAACUGCAUCGACGGGAGGCGGCCAAGUACCCGCUGAACGCCCCGCCGCCACCCACUUUGGAUGACUGGGACGAAGAUGGCGACUUAUUUGGCAAGAGUAGGAAUCGGAAUCGCCACCGAGUUAAUAAGGCACUUGGCCGGUACUUAGAACGGGACGAGGACAACUACGGGCAGGAUCGCAACCUGGGAUUGGGCCUGGGUCUGGGAUUGGGACUAGGAUUCGAGGACGGCGGCGAGUUGGGGCCGAGUAAUCUGCAGCUGGCCGAGGAGAAGAGAAAGCGCUUCUCCUCUUUUCGGGAACGUGACGAGCAGUUCGAUGGAUCCGUGCCCUCGGCCUUCAGGGAGCGCGAGAGCCAGCCAUUAAACGCAGAGCCCGCGCACAAUGAGCUGACGGAGCAGUUCCUGCGCGAGAUCGAGGAGGCCAGGGAUCGGGAUGCAGUGCGUCAGUGGUGGCACCAUCUGGACCAGGCCAAGAACCAACAGGAGCCGGACCCCCAAGAUGCCGAGCUGUUCGAGCAGAAGAAGCGGAUGCGAGUGCCCCCAUACUACCUGUUGAUGCAGAAGAAGCGAUCCUAUCCGGUGCUUCCAUGGCUGCCCUACAACGGCGACAAGAGGAAGCGCUUCCCGGUGGCCAAGAGGAGCACCCCGAACGCCAAUCCGGAGGCACCGCUGGGCCGGACCGAUGAGCGAGUGGCCCAGGAGCUAAGCGAGCUGUUCGGCAAGCCGGGUGAAACCCAAUCGCACACCGAGGAGAAGCGCAAGCGAUCUGCGGAUGAGCAGCCCAAGGUGACCACCAAUCUUCCCGAAUCCCCGCCUGCCACGGCCACGGCCACCGCCGUGGGAGACAUGCGGCUGGAGAUCAACUUCCAGCGGGUGAACGUGACGCCCAAGGAGACAUCCACAUCCGCUCCCGCGGGCGCUGGCGAACUGGUUCAGCACGGUGGACAUGCCGGUCAUCACGGUGGUCAUGUUCCUGGAAUGUCACCCGAAUAUCGCCACCGGAAACGCAGCGAUCACGCGCAUGGCGAGAAUGUCGAGGAUCCGGAGGCGGAUGAGCACGACGAGGAGGGCGAGGAGAGUUCCGAUGAGGAUGACCACGACGAGUUCGACGAGGAGGAUGGCGAGGGAGACCUGGAGGCGGAGGAAGCGGAGGAGCAACGGCGCAAGAAAAAGCGGGCGGCUGCCAGUUUGUCAGGCGGCAGUGAUGGCUCCAAGCACCUGCGUUCCCCCACUGUGGGCCACCUGAUGCUCCGCGCCAAGAAGUCCAUCGAUUGGUCGCAGUACUUCGGGUUGGAUCGCAAAAAGAAGUCGGCGCAGAAGAAUGAGGAAGUGAAGAAACGCAGUGAAUCGGACAGCAGCACCAAUGACGAUGACGAGUACGACAAUGAGAGUUCCGAGGCGGAGAAGAAGAAGCGUGACUUCGAUUCCGAGAAACUGGAGAGCAUGGACAAGAAGCUGCAGUCCAUCGAGGACUUCAUCAUCGACGAGACCAUCAAGUAUACGGGAGCCCACGAGGGGCUGAACAGCAAGGACGACAUUCGCCGGAUAAAGGACCAUGUCCUCUCCCGUUUGGCCACCGCUUACAGCCUGGAGAAGAUGCGCAGGGCCCUGGACAAGCUGAGGAGAUCGGUGGACAACGAAAAUCACCUCAUGCGCAAUACCAUCGAACCGGAGUCGGAGGAGAACGCAUUGGACUCCAACUACUGGCUGGCCAAGAAGUCCGUGAAAAAGGAGCAGGCCGAGCUGCUGGCGGAGGACUCGAAGCAUCCCAAGGACAUGGAGAAGAAGAAGCGCAGUGGCUACCUGCGCUACCCGGAGCAGCCGAACACCAUGGACGAGGCGCUCAGCCUGGGCAGUGCUCCCUACGAGACCCUCAACGACGCCUAUCUGGGCAACAAGAACUACAUCGUGGGCUCCAACCAGUGCCCCCUCAUCGAGUCCAUGGCGGAGCGCUGCCGGGGCGUGGACCUCAUCUCCGGAGACAUCAACCAGGAGCUGCUGCCACUCUGCGGGGUCCACCAAAUAUGCUACCUAUGUGGUGCCUCGCAGGUGGCCUGCGACUACCAGUACUUGGCGGAGGCGGACGGCGUGUGCGGCGACAGCAACGAGUGCCAGUCGGCGGCCCGCUCCAUCCUGAUGAUCCUGCGGGGAUCCCCCGGCCGGCAGCUGGGUCCGCGGGAGUGCUUGAAGAACCCCUGCCUGUACCGGGCCAUGCGGGAGAUCGGACUCUAAGCGCACUGCUCCAGAUUGCCGCCCAGCGAUUUCCUAACGUCUUUUUGUGUGCGUUUAAAAAGAAAAACCAAAUCGAAAAUUUAAUGUGAACAAGACAAGCCGUAAUGCAGCCCAGAGAGAGAAGAUAAAAACAUGAGCCCAAGAAAACAAACAAAAACCAAAUACAAACCGUGCUGAACUAGCGAAAAUCAAACAGUUGAUUCAAAACUAAAUAGUCGUCGCAUAUAAAGACAUAACAUUUUGAUGGAUUUUCCUGUCCGCCCCUCGGGGCGGCAGCAGCCAACUAGAGUUUACCAGAUACCUAAAGAGAUACAUAGAUAUAUAUAUACACAGUUCUGAUUCAGUACAUCGCAGUAGACGCCAGAACGAGGACCGAUCGAAUUCGUUUUAAAUGUUCAGUGUGAGAUGGACCUUUUCGAAACAUAUUUUAUGGGUGUUUAAGUGUACAAACGUGAUCGUAGCCGAAACAUAAACCUACAUAUGCAUAACCAAUAUAUACACUUAACUAAUCCACAGCAGCUUUUUAGGUAAAUUCAUUGGCUUGACACUCCUUGGCAAGCAGGGCUCACAUUGGCAGCUAGUCCCCCAGAGUAAACGCUAGACUUGGAGCGCCUCCAUUCGGUUCGACUUGGAUGUGCGUACGGAACACAUCGCCACACACAGUAUAUAGCGAUUUUAGCCUACAGCAAGGGAAUAACUAAGAGUAACCCACUAUCAGAGACUUCUCUCUCGCGGCAUUACUUGUCCCCUCUUCAGAUGAACAUACACGUAAAUGUGUUUCAAUGUGCUUACAAUAAAUGGACAUAACUAAGACAAAUAUUUAAUGCUCUAACAAAUCUAUAGAUGUGAUUACUAAUAUACAAGGAGUUUAAUAAAUGUGUAAAUCUUUUAGGGCAGGCAUAUAGCUAUACCAAUCUGAACAACAGCAAGGCGGUUUGGUUGCAGAAUCAAAAUAUUAUUAAUGUAUUUACAUAAACGAAUAUAUAUAUUUGAACUUGAUGUAUAUGCUACAGUUUGAGAAACAGAACACACACAAAACAAGACGUAUUUGAAAAUAUUUAUUGCUAUACAGUUAUCAUAAAUGUCGAAUAUAAAUAUAUCGGGGAUAACCCAAA